AUGGUUUUAUUGGAUGAACAGGGUGGUAGGAUCCACGCCACUGUCAAAGACGUCAUUGUUUUAAUCUCAGGAAUUGGGAAAGUUUGUGAUCGUGUGAUUUCUGGUAGGAAGACAAAAAUGGUGGUGUUGGAGCUUGACGACCUGAGGGGUCAUAAGUUGGAGUGCACUUUGUGGGAGCAUUAUGUGGAUGAGGUCCAAUCUUUUUUGGCAGACAACGACGAUCCUCAUAACGUCCUAAUAGUCCAAUUGGGAAGGAUUAAGUGUUUUAGAUGUAAGGUCGGGAUAACAAAUACAAAAUAUACAACAAGGAUUGUAAUGGAUUCAAAACUGAAUGAGAUUGUUGAGUUCAAAAAACGUCUCUCGAUUGAUGGUGUGGAAAGUAGUACAAGGAUGACUCAAUUGUCUACUCAGUCAUCCUAUUCUUUCGAAAAUGAUUUUCUUAAGGAGAUUGAAAAAAGUCUAUCAGUAACUACCUGCAUCACAUACGGGACUAUAAAGGCAAUUGAGAGCAAAUACAAUUGGUGGUACAAGUCAUGCAAAAAGUGUCCAUUUUCCGUUUAUGAGGAUUUUGAGAAGUGGUAUUGUAAGAACUGCCAAAAACAUUGGGAAGAUUAUUAUCCGAGAUUUAGUGUUCAGGUCAGAGUUGUGGAUAACACAGAUUCCGCAUCCUUUAUUCUGUUUGAUCGCGACUGUGUGUCUUUGUUGGGAAUGAGUGCUGCUGAAUUGCGCGAGCUGCAUUUCAAGAGGGGUGCCGAUUUGGAUCAAUUUCCAAAUGAGUUAAAUGUUCUGAAUGAUAUGCAAAUAGCAAAUGAUGCUUUAGUACAAUCACCUGUGGUGCCCAAAUAUUUUGUUUUUUUUGCCCAUGCAAUUCUUACAGAAGAGUCUAUAAAAAACAUAACUCUUGAAGAAAUUGAUAAGGUACUGCAGAGCAAUGGGAAAUGCCUCUCUGAUUAUCCGUCAAUGCCACGCAUCAAUAGUGAAACUUUGCUUGAUAUGCAAAAUCGAUUAGUGUUGGAUGAAUUAAUGUAUGACAGAUUUGCUUUGGAAGAGGAACAUAAAAGACUAAUUAAUUCCCUCACUGAUGAGCAGAAAACUGUUUAUGAUAAAAUUAUUUCAGCAGUUACGGCAGGUAAUAGAGGGUUAUUUUUCCUAUACGGGUUCGGUGGUACAGGAAAAACAUUUAUUUGGAAUACUCUUUCAGCAUCUAUUAGAUCAAAAGCUGGAAUCGUACUUAAUGUUGCUUCUAGCGGAAUUGCUUCCCUUCUGCUUCCUGGAGGAUGA